AUGUAUAGCCCAUGCCAGAGGCUCUUCGGGUUCCAGCCUAGGUUCUUCGGCCCACAGCAGUUGAGUGAGGAGAUGGCGUUAUCAGAAGUUAUCAAGCAGUUCCCUACCCACCCAAGUCUCAAUGAGGGCUCAAGGGAAGCACCAGCAUUCCUUACGGACCACCUUCAGCACUUUGACGAUACUGUGCAAAAGGUGAUAAAGGACCAAGCCCGUGAGUGGUCCUCUUGGGAGGCUGGCAAUGCGUUCGGCGAGCUCUGUCGGACUGGGCUCACCAGUAUUCUGUCUCGAUUCGAUAGAUUCUGGAGGAUAUAUCACCGGGGUUGGGAACUCCCAAGUCGAGCAGACGGCGAGCCCACCCAACCUAAGAGGAACAUAACUGGCCCCAGCGGAAGUCGAUUGAACCUCAAGAACUUGAAUAUCUGA